ACAAAAACGUUCUUGCUCUGCGACAAAUUAAAAGGGACUAGGGCUGUAUUUUGUAGAUUUUAAAGUACACGGAAAACCAAAACAGACUCCAUAGCAACCGAAUAUCUACUCGUGUCAUCUCUGAUGUGUAUCUGAGUGGAAACUUAUGCUGUAUGCUCCAGAGAACAUAAGUAUUGCACAGGAAUAGUAACCUUGUAGGGAUAAUGGAUAAUUUGGUGAGGAGGGAUACAUAUAUGGAAGGUCAUAAUGUGUGUGUGUGGUUUAGUAGACAUUGCAAUUGAAUUUCUUCUCACGCAGACUGCUAAUUGAUAAACAGAUGUUUUCAUGAGAGAGACUGCUAACUUAGGAAUAGUAGGAGGGGCGACUAGGAGCACUUGGAUUACUCUGAGAAGACGUUUCUUUUUUUUCUCAAAAUCUCCUUCAUGAUUAAAGAUGGCGACUGAGGUGUUAAUGCUGUUACAGCAUGCGGUGGCUCAGGAGCAGUGGGAAAGGAUGUCUCUGUUCAGCAAACUGUGGAAUUCUUUCCAUAAGAAAGGACCUGGCAAAGAGAAGGGUCGUCUAAACCUGGCCCAGGUAAAGAUAGUAGAAAACGUUGACAAUGGUGCACUGGACAAUAGACAACAUGCAUUACAGGUUGUCUACACUGAUGGCAAUACCCUGGAGUUCUACACACUGUAUAUUAUAGCCACCAGUGAAGACCAGAGGAAUGACUGGGUGAUGACUCUCAGGGAUUUAUGUUCCAAAAACAAUGCCAAAUUUCUAGACAAGUACCACCCGGGUGUGUGGACCACGCGGAACCGUGCGUACUCGUGCUGCGGGCAGACAGACAAGAAUGCACCUGGAUGUGAACCCACAUCUACGAACCAGUCAGACGGCCAUUUUAAUCAAGGCCGAGACACUUCUGCAGCUUCUUUAAUCAAAUCCACGUCAUCUUCCACUGUGAAUCCUUCAUCUAAAACACCAUAUUACCCGUCUACCCCACCCAGGUCAACAAAAACUGUGAUAGCUCUCUUUGAUUAUGAUGCAGCAGAGGCAGACGAUUUGUCACUUGCCAAGCAUGAAGAAUAUCAGAUCCUAGACGAUACGCGGGAACACUGGUGGCGUGCAAUGAAUAAAAAUGGCCAAUCUGGCUACAUACCAGCAAAUUACGUACAAGAAAAAACAAAAGAUGGACUGGAAAGAUUUGAAUGGUAUUACGCAGAAAUCUCACGUCAGAGAUGUGAAGAGGUCCUUAAAGAAGAUGGCAGGGAAGGCUGCUAUCUCGUACGCAAUUCCAGUCAAAAAGGAAUGUACACAUUAUCCAUAUUAACCAAAGAAAAACCAGAAGGCACUGUGCGGCAUUAUCACAUCAAGAAGAACAGCACAGGACAGUAUUAUCUCUCAAACAAUCAUCCGCAUCCAUCCAUCCCACAACUCAUCCACUACCACAAACACAACUGUGCAGGUCUAGUGGUAAGACUGAAGGCCACCCCAGGGUUUGGUAGGCAUCAACCAGCCACUGCAGGAUUCGGCCAUGAUAAGUGGGAGAUUGACUCUUCAGAGCUGCAGUUAGGUCUGGAACUAGGAAGAGGACAGUUUGGGACUGUGUUCAAGGCCAAAUGGCGCGGUGCCAUCGAGGUGGCAGUAAAAAUGAUGCACCAAGGAACGAUGUCUGAGGAUGAUUUCAUUGAGGAAGCCAGGACAAUGAAACAAUUACAGCAUCCCAAUCUAGUCCAGUUAUAUGGAGUGUGUACAAAGAGGAGACCCAUUUAUAUUGUAACAGAAUUUAUGAAACAUGGUUCCCUCCUGAACUACCUACGUCGCCACAAGCACAGGUUACUCCAGUCUAACAAGGCGGGUCUACUGCUGGACAUGUGUCUACAGGUGUGCAAGGCCAUGGCUUACCUGGAGGAACAGAGUUUUAUUCACAGGGACUUGGCUGCCAGGAACUGUCUGGUGGGGGAAGAGAAUGUCGUCAAAGUGGCGGACUUUGGACUGGCUAGGUACGUUUUAGAUGACGAGUACACCAGUUCUAGUGGCACCAAGUUUCCAAUUAAAUGGGCACCACCAGAAGUGUUAUGUUACACAAGGUUCAGCAGUAAAUCUGAUGUCUGGUCUUUUGGCAUUUUAAUGUGGGAGAUAUUCACAGGAGGGGACAUGCCUUAUGGCAGAAUGAGAAACGCAGAGGUGGCAGAGUUUAUACAGAAAAAUAAACGUCUUGACAAGCCUGGUGCUUGCCCAUCCAUUAUUUAUGAGCAGAUGUACUCAUGUUGGCACAGGGAAGCUGACAGACGGCCAAGAUUUCAAGAAAUCCAAAAUGAACUAAGUAAACUAGUGGAAGAUGGAGAGUAUGUGGACUAAGAUAUUCAUUCAAAAGAUGCCUUAAAGUUACACUUAUCUACCGGUAACAGGUUAAAUGGCCUGAUUGCAGCUCCCCAGGGAGGCUCCAUUACUCCAUUCCCAGGGAGGCUUCAUUACUUCAUCACAGGGAAUGUCAAGUCACAUGGUUUAUUCAGUGUUAAUAUUCAGGGAACUUAUUUUCUGGCUGCCCCAUCAGUGGACUUGGGCCAGUGUCCUGGAUAAUCAUCUGAUGAAUGGGUUUCAAAGCUGUCGUCAUUUCUGUAUGCGUAAGAUUUUUUGAGACUUAAGGGGAAAACUCAACUUUUUCUCUUCUGUGACCAUUUAUAGCUCCGUGCACCAUUUCUGAUAUUUGCGUUUUACCCGAAAGUCUAUCUUAUGCCAGUUGUUGACAUUUGCCAAUUAAGAAAUGGGGCCAUAUAUUAAAACAUUGUCUUCCUGCGUAUAUAUUCAGUAAGACAUCAACUAAAGGGUUUCACACUUGAGAACUGAAACAGUGGAAAUACCGUCAGUAUAACAUUAGCAAAUUACAAAUACCUCUCAGCGUUUGAGGAAUAAUGUAUAAAAUAUGCAAAUCCACAUACACGCCUUAGAACUUUCAAGUUUGUUUUUCUUUUUAUUCAAAAUAGGUAAGAAAACCGUGUGAAGAUGUUUUAUAUCUUCUGUAAUGGCAAAAAUUGAAAGAAUGAAUGGAAGAAUUGCAAAUGUCAUAUGAAACGUGAUGUUUACAGUUUUGUAUAUAAUUUCUAUGCAAUCUUACAAAAAGACAUUUCAGGACGAACUCUGUUGGAGAGUCGCUAUUUCUCCCCAACAGUUCUCCUCUUUGCUGAAGGGCACAUAAGUUAAAUAAUUUUUUGUAGUCCAUAUUAUGAUUGAUCUCCAAAAUAUAUAUUCAGACAUGCUGAAAUUGUUGGUCCUUACUGUAAUGACUGAAAAAAUUAAGGACUGAUAGAAAAUUGUGUUCAGUCAAUGAAAGUCACCGGCAAAAAUUUUAACAGCCACCAUGUUCAAUUUACAGUCAGUACAUUAAAAAGCCCUUCAAUUCGGCUUAAUUCAAAAAACUUCUAGUUUGAAUGUCUGGCUGUUUUUAAAAGUUUUCAGCAUGUCUUUAUUUUGUAGUUAUGUGUAUAUGUUGAAGUUUGUUAGUUUGUAUCGAGGAAUAUUGACACUGUUGACAUGAUUAAAAACCUUGAAUUGUUCACACACUGUCAUACUGCCAUUGUUGCAGGACCAGACAGGCAAAGGGCAUGUUCAGAACCAACUUGAACCCAGGACUAAUUGAUCCACGGAUCAACUUGGCUCUGAACAGGCCCCAAUUAUUCCAUUUUGAGCGGCCAAUUACAGUAUUUUCCUUCAAGUUUAUAUAUAUAUAAAACAAGACAUUUGCUUAUAGACAUUUUGUCUUGUAGUUAACUGCUUGGUUUCCAUGACUGCUGUAGUUUUUAUUUUAGUAUUGAACUGAACUGGUGUUACUACAAAAGCAAAGAAUGUUUUUAUUCCUGGCGAAAAUGAAUUGCGUCAGGUUUGUGCCGGGAAAAAAAGGUGGGGGGGGGGGGGCAGGAAAUCUUUUUAGAUAAUAAGAUUUUUAAGUGGUACAUUAUUAAAACUGAUUUAAAGAGGAAAACCUAAAAUUCUCUUAAAUUACUUUAUAAUUUUGCUAAAAUUUAAGCAAAGCUGAAACCUUGCAUUUGUAUCAGUCAAAGGACACAAAACAAUCAGGAGGAAAAUUCUGUUAUUUUUCACUGCAGGGGCGCGUUUGCUUGAAAUUGUGUCCUGCAUUUCAUUGUUGGCAGCCCCCCACAACUGAGAUAUGGUGAACAACCAGAGCUGUUACAUAGAUUUUAUGGACACCUAAUGUCACCAACAACUGUGCCUGCCCUGAACAUUUGGUUGUCAUCUGGGAAUUAACCUCAUGCUUAGAUCUGUGGAGUUCUGCAUCCUUUGGUCCUUUUGCGUCACAAACUAGGUGUGCGGGAAAAAUACAGAAUGGGGUAUGGGGGGCUUACACCCCAUUUCCAUAGAUUAGAUCGACCUACUUUAGAUCGACCUAACUCCCUGGGGGUUCACG